ACCUCCCUUAGAUUACUUUACACCAUUUGCACCUGUCAAAAAUUGAGGACAUAAUAAGAAUAUUCAUUACUCCUUGCUGCUGUUGCUGCCAUUAUGACGUUUGGAAUUUCUUUGACACAUAUAGUUGAACUUGUCACAGCUUUAUACAAAUUAUAGGGACAGCUCUUUAUUUAGCGUAACGUUAUUAGUGAGAGAGAACUAGCUGUAGCAGAAGAGUCAGAAAUUUAGGAUUUCGUAAGAUUUCGUCAUUUUUAAAAAGUUGUGAAAAGGCUGUAGAAAUAAAAUAACCAGGUGUGACCAUAUACUUCACGUCAUUCAGAAAUUCUCUGAAAGAGAACAUGGCGAAAAUCUUAUUUCUUUUCUUACAUGGAUGUGUGCUACAAUUAGCUAUAGCCAGAUUAGAUCUUGAACUUACCAGCAGCAAUUGUGGGAAUUACUAUGACAUGAAAGAUAUAGAUGAGGCUUAUGUGACGUAUAAUGGAGGAUGGUUAGGCCAAUAUGAGUGUUCAGUGGAGUUUCUGAACUAUCAAACAUUCUCCAAGCAAACCUGUAUUAAACCAAUUAACUUCCAUAUUGGCUGUACUACAGAAGUGGAAUACCAUAGGCACUUCAUUUCAAAAUACUUGGAUCCAGAGAAGCUGUAUACUUGCCGAAAUGCUUCUUUAGAAGAGUGGUGUGGACCAAUGAGGACAACCCGGUUUCAUUUAUUGAUCCGAACACCUGCGAGUUUUUCCGAUAAUAUUAAAAUGCAUGUGUACUUGAAAUACUACCCAGGCUCUGAUGAUGGAACGUCGUCGGCCUUAGAUACCAGCAGUAGUACUGGUCUCGUUGGAGUAUUGGUAUUCGUAAUAUUGAUCAUAUUUAUUGGCGGUAUUAUAGCAUGUAAUGUAGCGCGGCAACGGAAAAGACAGGCAUUGCCAAGAACUCCUUAUGCGUACCAGACUGGUGGACAAACAGGUAAUGUAACUCAAGCACAGCCUUUGACUGGUUACAACCCUGCACAACCGUCCCAGUUACAUCCAACAGUCCAAGGUGGUUACCAGUUUCACCCUAUGCAAAGUGCCUAUCCAGUUCCUCAGCAGCAAGGAUAUAGUCCAGUGACUGGCAAUCAGACUGUCACCCAGACUGACAUUGUACGUCAGAGUCCUUUCGAUGUACAAGGAAGGUUUACCAAUCCAUCAGCUCCACCAAAUGCCAACGCAGACCCCCCACCGUCCUAUGAAAGUGUUAUGAAGUAGUCCUAACUGCAGAUAGAAUAAAGGCCUCCAAGAAAGACUCCAUUUGCUCAACAAACUCAUAAUGUACCCAAAAUGGUUUUAUUAAUAUUUAUGAAAUAAUAAUUAUACUACACUAAAAGUUAUGUUUUGUGCUUUAAAGAUUGUGCAAGUCUUUGUAUGCCCCCGGCAUGUUGCAAUUGCACUGUCCGUUUGUCCGCCCAUCUGUAUGAGUCAGAUUGCCUACAAUCUACAUUUAUAACCUAAUUUAGUUUAUACUCACACUCAAGAACCCUUCUGGUAAGACCCUCAAACUGACCUGUAUGUAUGUGACCUUCACUCUCAUAUGACCUUCUCCUUCAAACUUAUAACCUUAAUAAACAUCCCUUUUGGUCCCACAGUCCAUAUAAAUACCUGUAAUUUAGUUCAUACUCACACUCGACAAACCUUGUGGCAAACCCUACAAACUGACCUAUAUAAAUAUGACAAAUUGACCCUCAUAUGAUCUUCACCUUUAUACUUAAAAGCUUAAAAAAUCAAAAUCUUUGGUUAUACGACCGGGGGCAUGAUUUUUGCGUUUUGAAAACGCAGCUCCUACUAGUAUUUGUUUUCAAGAAAUAAAUGUAAAUGUGUUGUAAAAUAUGUGAUACACCUUUGUUCCUUUCAAAGGGAAAUAGAGGUUUUGUUUUGUAUCAAAUAAUAUUAUUUUAAUUCGCCAUUUUUUCGUGAUGAGGGUUAAAUAUUUCGUUAUGAAAGCUCACUAACAGCACAAAAAGAAAGUUCGUGCCUCCUGCUAAAUAGUCUAAAAGACGUUUGUGUACACUUUGCAGGUUAUGUUAUACAUAAAAUAAAUAAUCAGCACUUCUGCAAAGGUACUAUUACGAGAAAUAACGUUUGCACUAGGUAAACUAUCGUACCUAUUCACAUAAUUUCAAAAUUCCUCAUCGUUCUUCUGUACCUAGAUAUAAUCUCAGUGGUAUUUCACCCAAUUAUGAAAUUCCAACCUUGAUCUUUCGUACCUUGAUGUAACUACAGUCUUGUUUCACCCGAUUAUACACGUAAGCAGUCGGAACACAUUUUUGCUUUACCACUUUUAACCUUCAUUAAAACGUUUGGACAAUCUACAUUUGUUGAGCUUUAAGCUGUAUUUUAUUACUAUAAUAAUUAUAAUAUGUGUAUUGUCAUUUUUACUAUUUUAUUCAGGUUUUUAUAGUGUAAGGUGUACUAGUUUAAAACUAUUUUAUUGUAUUGCAUUGUAAAUGUCAAUGAAAUAUAUAUGAUAGUAUAUUCACAGUAGGUAGGUGAAAGGGACUGGAACAAAAGAAGAACAUACUCGACUGCAAGUAGAUAAUGGUAAUUCCACAUAUCUGGUGGAAAAUAUUUAUUUUUCAAAAAGUUGCAUACAAAAUCAAUUAUUAUUGGGUAUAAGUAGUACUGUCAUUUAUUUUGAAAUGUAUGUUGUU